GGGCUGUGCAGUGCAACAUCCACUGAUAAUUCAGCAGCUGAGGAACUCAGCAAAGCCCGCUCCAAACUUCUCUCAGCUGUUGACAGGCUUGACUUGCUGAGAACACUGGUUAAAUAUAGCACAAGCGAGCUGAGCUCAACAAAGUCAUUGCUGUAACACUGUGUGAAGAGACCAGAAGAGGGGAAAUACAAUCUGAGAACUAAACUGCCAAAGCCUAACACCACCUAGCAACAGUUGAAAAAACUUUUAAACAAAAGUCUGGGUGAGACACAGACAGAGUAUACCUCCUACUUCUCCUGCCUGGGAUUUCUGCGAGAAGCAGCUCCGGUCUUCUGCUCUCUACCUUGUUUCCUUCAUUACUUCAGCUGCUGGUAGACUCAGAAAAGUGGGGAAAGUUUCUGUCUUUGUGUUCUCCUGAGCUGGAUCAUUCUACUCCUGUGGUAGUGCUGUGGGACAGGCUACUGUGAUCUUGCAGUGUGAAGGAUAUAUUCCUAGGUCCGUGUUGCUGACAGGCAGGGAUGAGGUCCCGAAACCAAGGUGGAGAAAGCUCGUCUAACGGGCACUUCUCCAGUUCCAAGCCUGUCAUCAGCCACGCAGAGAAUGAAAAACUUCAGGAGGAUGCCAAGAAAAAGAACAAACCUCAUCGGAAGGAAGAUGAGGUCAUGGUUUCAGCAACUGUCAAACGGCACUCAAAAUCACCCGGUCCUAGUGAGCGAAAGAACAAGAAGUCCAUAGAGCUUUCUAAAGAAGACUUGAUAAAACUACUCAGUAUAAUGGAAGGAGAAUUGCAGGCAAGAGAGGAUGUGAUCCACAUGCUGAAGACAGAGAAAACCAAACCUGAAGUUUUAGAAGCUCAUUAUGGGUCUGCAACUCCAGAGAACGUGCUUCGAGUGCUACACAGGGAUGCCAUCCUUGCCCAAGAGAAGUCUGUAGGGGAAGACGUCUACGAGAAACCGAUUUCAGAGCUGGACAGACUUGAAGAAAAGCAGAAGGAGACGUACCGGCGCAUGCUGGAACAGCUCCUGUUGGCAGAGAAGUGCCAUCGCCGCACCGUUUACGAGCUAGAGAAUGAGAAACAUAAACAUACAGACUACAUGAACAAGAGUGAUGACUUUACCAACCUCUUGGAACAGGAGCGGGAGAGGUUGAAGAAACUUCUUGAGCAGGAGAAGAUCUAUCAAGCCCGGAAGGAGAAGGAGCAUACAAAGAGAAUCAAUAAACUACGAGAAGAACUAGUCAAGCUCAAAUCAUUUGCACUCAUGCUGGUGGAUGAAAGACAAAUGCAUAUUGAACAACUUGGUCAGCAAAGCCAGAAAAUACAGGACUUAACCCAAAAACUAAAGGAAGAAGAAGAAAAGCUUAAAAUUAUUAGUGCAAAAACAAAAGAAGAUGGACAAAAACUGAUGAAAUUAGAGGCAGAACUUGAACACAAAACGUCAUCAUUUUGUCAAGAACAUGAGGAGAUGACUGCUAAACUGGCUAAUCAAGAGUCACAGAAUAGACAACUAAGGCUCAAGCUAGUGGGGUUGACUCGCAGAAUAGAGGAGCUAGAAGAAACUAACAAAAAUCUUCAAAAAACUGAGGAGGAACUUCAAGAAUUAAGAGAUAAAAUAGCCAAAGGGGAAUGUGGGAACUCUAGCUUAAUGGCAGAAGUGGAAAACCUCCGCAAGCGCGUGCUUGAAAUGGAGGGGAAAGAUGAAGAGAUCACAAAAACCGAAUCCCAGUGCAAAGAGCUGAAAAAUAAACUGCAAGAGGAAGAGCAUCAUAGCAAAGAGUUGAAACUUGAAGUGGAAAAACUGCAGAAAAGAAUGUCAGAAUUAGAGAAGCUGGAAGAGGCUUUCAGUAAAAGCAAGUUGGAAUGUACUCAGCUACACUUAAACUUGGAGAAAGAAAAAAAUUUGACUAAGGAUUUGAUAAAUGAGUUGGAAGUGGUGAAGACUCGAGUGAAGGACCUUGAGACAUCUGAAAGCAAGUUGGAAAAGGCUGAAAUAAGCUUAAAAGAUGACCUUACGAAGCUGAAGUCGUUUACUGUAAUGUUGGUUGAUGAGCGAAAAAAUAUGAUGGAAAAAAUAAAACAGGAGGAAAAAAAGGUUGAGGGCCUAAACAAGAAUUUUAAAGUUGAACAAGGGAAAGUUAUGGAUGUAACAGAGAAAUUAAUAGAAGAAAGUAAGAAAUUUUUGAAACUGAAAUCUGAAAUGGAAGAAAAAGUAUCUAGUUUGACAAAGGAAAGGGAUGAGUUAAUUGGCAAACUGAGAAGUGAAGAAGAAAAAUCAUCUGAAUUAAGCUGUAGAGUUGACCUGUUAAAGAAAAGAAUUGAUGGUAUGGAGGAAGUAGAAAGAGAAAUUACAAGAGGUCGAACUAGGAAAGGAGCAGAGCAUGGUUGUCAUGAGGACAACAAGAUUAAGGAACUUACCAUUGAAAUCGAAAGAUUGAAAAAACGUCUCAAACAACUGGAAGUGGUUGAAGGAGAUUUGAUGAAGACUGAAGAUGAGUAUGAUCAGCUAGAGCAGAAAUUUAGGACUGAACAGGAUAAAGCUAAUUUUCUUUCUCAACAGUUGGAGGAGAUGAAACUCCAGAUUGCCAAAACGAAAGCAAUAGAAAAAGGUGAAGUGGUGAGCCAGGAGGCAGAGCUGAGACACAGGUUUCGUCUAGAAGAGGCCAAAAGCAGAGAUUUGAAAGCAGAAGUUCAAGCACUUAAGGAAAAAAUCCAUGAGCUCAUGAACAAAGAAGACCAGCUUUCUCAGCUCCAAGUCGAUUAUUCAGUUCUACAGCAAAGGUUUGUGGAAGAGGAGAACAAAAACAAGAGCAUGGGGCAGGAAGUUUUGAACCUGACAAGAGAGCUGGAGCUUUCUAAGCGUUACAGCCGUGCUCUGAGGCCCAGCAUGAACGGGAGAAGAAUGGUUGAUGUUCCCGUGACGUCCACCGGCGUGCAGACAGAUGCUCUAAGCAAUGAAGCAGCAGAAGAAGAAACUCCAGCAGUGUUUAUAAGGAAAUCCUUCCAGGAGGAGAAUCAUAUAAUGAGCAAUCUGCGACAGGUAGGUCUGAAAAAACCCAUGGAACGUUCUUCAGUUCUUGAGAGAUAUCCUCCGGCAGCAAAUGAACUUGCUAUGAGGAAAUCCUGGAUACCAUGGAUGAAAAAGAGGGAAACUGGGGCUCAGACAACUCCUGAUAAAGGAGCCCGAACUCACAGUAGUCCAGCACAUCCCGGGGAGGUUGUCCUUUCACCAAAGCAGGGUCAACCUCUUCAUAUUCGGGUGACACCAGACCAUGAGAACAGUACAGCAACUUUGGAGAUAACCAGUCCAUCUGCAGAGGAAUUUUUUUCAAGUACCACUGUCAUUCCUACUUUGGGAAAUCAGAAGCCACGAAUAACCAUCAUUCCCUCUCCAAAUGUCAUGCCACAAAAAGGAAAAGGCAGUGAAAGUCCCAUGGGCCCAGAUCGCUCCAUGUCUCCAGUCACUAUAACAACAUUCUCCAGGGAAAAGUCCCCAGAGGGAGGGAGAGUACCCUUUGCUGACAGACCCGCAUCGCCAAUUCAGAUCAUGACAGUAUCGACAUCUGCAGCGCCGGCAGAAAUCUCCGUCUCUCCUCAGUCACAAGACAUGACCAUGGGCAGGGCUGUCUUCAAAGUCACGCCAGAAAAGCAAACCGUCCCGACUCCAAUCCGCAAGUACAAUGCCAACGCCAACAUUAUUACAACAGAAGACAACAAAAUCCACAUCCACCUGGGCUCCCAGUUCAAACGUUCCCCCAGUGCCGUGCCCGACGGCGCGAGCCCUGUGAUAACAGUCCGACCGGUGAACAUCGCGGCAGAGAAGGAGGUGGUCACCGGUACUGUCCUUCGAUCACCUCGAAGCAACCUGUCCCCACGACCUGCAGCCAGCAAGGUGACAAGUACUAUCACCAUCACGCCUGUUACAACAUCUUCCACACGAGGAACACAGUCAGUGACAGGACAGGAUGGGUCAUCCCCGAGACCUACACCCACCCGCAUUCCUGUCUCAAAAGGUGUUACUGCUGCCAUGGAAGUCAGCUACCCUGUCCGUGUAGUUGUUCACGUUUGCCUGUACUAACAAAGUCCUGCAGCUGUCACUUAACAACAAACUAAUAAGUGUGUGCACUGACUACUUAAAUAACAAAAUCCUUUUGUUUUCUUACUCAAGUUUUAAAAAAAAUAAAGGUGUCAAAAAGGCAAUUUUGUGCCAGAAAGGUUUUCAGUCUAGGAGGGGAGAAUGGGUAACUUAAAUAGGUUAUUAAUUAUUGGGAAUUCUUAAUGAUAGACUGGGUCACUUUUUAGUAGAUCAAAGGAGGUUUUGUCACUUUAACUAGAUUGUUUUCCACCUUUCCUGCUGCAUGGUCUACUUUCCUUCCUGUUGUAAUCACAUUACUGAAAUGCCACAUGGCCUAGGGAAGCAAUGCCAAAAGACUUGCCUGCACACUUGAGGUCCUGUUUAAUGAAAGCCAGUACCUCGUGUGUGGGAGGGGAAGAGAGGAAGCAUGGGCACCAUGUGGCCUCUCUAGGAGCCUCCCAUGAAAAUCACCAUUUCUCAGCGGUGAGCUGCUUUCUCAAGAUAGUUACUAAAUUCAGGGGCAUAGGGAUGUUGCACAAUGUUUGGCAGCAAUUUAAUUCCUCCAGAGAGAGUCAACACUUGUAGACAACACUUAGAACCAGGUCUCUUACACACACUGGAAUACUGCUAGCUCAGGGCUCAGAUGAAGGCUUAUGAGCCAGAAGGUGUUUAGUCUUCAGCAAAAGCUUGAGAAACACUCUCUGGUAAAAAUCAAUACAAUUCAUUUGUGCCUGCUCCAAAGACCACUAAUGGCUAUGAAGCAACUCAUUCCAUUGACCUGACUAGGUUUUCAGUUUUCCUGGUUGGGUCUUACAUUUAAACCUUACUUCCCACGCAUCCUUACAUCUUGGAGGGUAAGUCAGCACAGCCUGCUGGUGGCAGGAAUUGCUACCUAAAGACACAGCUCAGGUACAGACAAUGAAAGAGAAAGGCUUUGGUAAGGAAAUUACCCUCACUUUUCAGUUGUUUAAAAUAUUUUGUCAUAAAAUGAAGACUGCCUUACAAUACCAUGGUGAUUCAUAAUUUUUCCUUCCCUCUUUGUGAUUUCCUCAUCUGUAUGUUUGCAUUUUUUAAGCAUGUUUUAAUGAAUUUUUCCAGCAUGGAAAAAGUGUGGAUGCUGAUGAUUGUUAUGAUUGUUUAUUUAAUAACAGUAGAGUUAUUAAAGCACAUUUCCAUUAAGCGAUCGAUUUUCACAGAAGAAAGUCACCACCAAAAGAAAUGAAGCUGAGGAGACCAAUAAAUGAUGGGUUUAACGUUAUAUAAUGCUUCAGCCACCUCAGCAAGCUGUGAAGGGCCCAGUGGUCAAAACAGAGAGCAAGGUGGGAAGACCACCAAUAAAUUAUAAAUAAAAUUCACAGAAAGGAAAAUGCACUGGUGGGUGAAAUACGAAAUUUGGUCUGAGAGAAGGUAUUUGAUGGAAGAACUCUGUCACCAAAGGUCAACAAUAUUGUAUUCAAUCCAAGCAAUGUUUAGUUUUCCAUCUGCUUUGCAUUGCUUUCUAAUUUCACAUCCAGAUAUGACAAUUAUCCCAUUGUAAAGCUGGCAUUUUAUUGUUCACAUGAAGGGCAUUUUUUCUGUGCCACAUAAAAAAGUAGUUUUUGGUUUUUUACAUGUGUAGCACCUGAAAUGCUUGUUAAUUUUAAGGUUCUAGUUCCUAUGACAUCCAAAAAUCAGAUUAGUAUUAGUAGCAUUUUUUCAUAACUCCUAUUCGCAGUACUUCAGAUAAAACUUGAAAACUGGAAUUAGCAAGCAAUGUGAGUUAAUAUGUUAGAAAUACAUCGGAUCCUCUCAAGGAAUUCUUAUCACUUAAAAGCCUCAGUAUGUCAAUAAAUUGUUGCUGAGAUCUUACUGUUCUUUUUGUAACAGAAUUUUUAACAGAUAUUUAAAGAAAAAAAAGGGGUUUUUUCUGGAUAUUCACUCUAAAUACUGUUACUGAAGGAAGUUGUAAGGUCAAAGCAGUCAAACAAUAUUGCAAAUAUGACCAAGCUAAUGUAGCUUGAUACAGCUGCCUUAAGCCUUCCUUGUGUCAAAGAAACUUAGGUCCUUAGUUAACUGUUGCCAUAUUCAAUGUUCUAUGUGUGCCUGUGGUUGAAAAUUUUGGUUUUGUUUUAGGUCUAAGAAACUAAUUCACCUGAAGAAACAAGCCAGCCUCACAGUACCUGAAAUCUAGAGCACACAAACUGGCACAGCUAGAGCCAGAAUUGCAGGCACAGGCUGGGAGUUGCUCCUGUAGGGUCAGUACGAUUUGAUGAGACAGACUUCAGAAAUUCCAGAGAGGUCAGACUUAGGAUCCUGUUAUUUUUCCCCAGGGGCUGCACAACAAAAAUGUGUCUAAAGAAAAAUGAAGUUUAAAGAGUUGGAAUCAGGCAUCUGGUUAAACUAUUAGCUAAAAUGAGGUAUUUUGUUAUACUGAAAACUUUUGACAUCUGUUUUAAUUGACAUAAUAUUCUCGUUUCCUGAAGGUAGAAGAAGGGUAAGAUGAAAAGAAAGCCUAUAGUUCAGAAGUCUUAAAAGUUCAAGCCUAACUAUUUGUAUUACACUGAAAUUACCUCUGAAGACAGUUAUGUUUAAUGACUACAGUAAGACACUCUAUUCAGUAGGUCAGCUCCAAAAGGCAAUUUAAACAACCAAAUCUAAAAACAAUGCCGAAGCCCAAGAGGCAUCCUGAAGAUCUUCCUGCUGUUCUUCCACAGACCUUAUCUAGUCAGUGUUUCUAUUAUGACUUAAAUGUAGCACUGCAGCUGCUGUACCUCACUGAGAUCCAUAAUGCAGGUAUUCUUGUAUUUCCUCUGAGGCUUUUAAGACAGAAUUUCAUGGUCACUUAAAGUCAGGAUAUAACUCCACAAUGGACUGCAAAGCUCUAGUCCUGUCUUUGUCACCUCCAGCCAAGAAAGUACUCACUGACUAUGUAGUUGUCCUUUGAGCUGGCACAAGUAUUUGAAUUUAACUGGGGAACUGAUCUGAAUGAAAAGGAAUCUGGCAAAAAAGCGUAAAGGCUGGCUUUAACAUAACUUAGUGCCAGGCUCACAGGCCAGAAAAAGAAAGAAGGAGGGCACAGGAAACCAGUUGGUGUUUUAAAAUGACUGUAGGAUCAUGAAUGCCUUCUAGUAGAUCAAAUACCACACAAAUGCAGGGGUAGUGCUGCUUAUUUUCAAAAGCUUUUGAUUGAAACCUUUUUUCAAAGGUAGGAGACAGUAUCUGAGGAGACUCAAACCCACAUCAGCUGCAGGCAGGUUCACUAGUGGCACUGACAGCUGAGGAAGAAGGUGGCAUUCUCAUUCCCUCCUGGAAAGGCUGUGCCGUUCUGCAUGGAAUGCUUCAGUAUUCACUGAGUAGAAACAAGGGAGUGGUUGAGGGGUGAGGAUAUUGAACUAGGAGGGAGCCCCCACAGAUCUGUGUCCCUGUUCCAAAGGCUGCCUUUAAGCCUGGCCCUGUUGAAAAGGAGGCUUAUAAGAUGAAGUGUCUGUGUUCAUCCAUCCUUCCAUCUCUCCUUCCCUAAUGAAUAACACUGAACAACCAACCAAUUUCAUGCAAACCCAGCAGAGCAAUAGAGAUCUCCAGAAUAAGAAGUUUUUCCAGUUUAAUGAAAAGGACUGCAGAGAAGAGGAGCAGGACCUUAGCAGUGCCUCACUGUGUGGAAGAGUAGGGCAUGAGCUCACCUUCAUACAGCAUCAAAGAAUGAACACAAGAGUGAUGUCACAAAUGCCACAAGGACAAGCUUUGUUCAGACCUCAGAUUUUACUAGGCACCAAAGAAUCAAUCUCUGACACAUCCAAAGGAUAAUAUUAGGGCUUUUGUGUAUUCUACAUUACUGGAUUAUAAUGCGUAAUAAACGAAGCCUUCCUAAAUGAUCAUUUGGAAUCACUCAUCCUUAUGCUUUCUCUCUCUUAACUUUUCUGUCAUUUUGUUUGGGUUUUUUGUAAUGAAGCAGAACAAUUUCAGUAGCAAAAUAAUGCCCUCAGAAUCAUGAUAGGAACUAAGAUGACUGAGUAAUCUUUGCACUUUUAGUCAUAUUCAGUGUCAGCUGGAGAGAAGCCCUGUGUUGCCUGAUCACGUGGCCAUGCAAGCAGUUUUGAUAACUCAGGCCUAGCAGUAGUAAUAUAUGGCUUAGCACCAGUAGAAAGGUGGAGAGGGGAAAGAGCAGGCAAAAUGCCAGCCCGUUCAUGAGCAGCACACAUGGAUUGAGAAGGUGCACCCUCAGUUCUCCAGAUGAUGUCUCUAAUUUUAAGUCUAGUUCCUAGCAAGUUUUCUACUGUGUUCCCUGAGUUACAUCCCAUCUUACUGCUACAUAGGGGUAUUGCUAAUGUAGUCAUUAGUAGAUCAAUACAUUUGAGUAAGUGUGACUGAAAAAGGAGCACAGAGCUUCAACUGUAAUGCCUAGAGAUUUCUCUCAGAAUAGUAAACAUCCUAAGCAAAUGGUAGAAGAAAAACAGAGAUUUUGAUUAACUUUACUCACCUUUUUUCCUUUUGUGACACCCAUUAGUGUGAUUUUUCAAAAACCAAACUUUGUGACUCUUUGUAAUAUGCCCAUGGAGAACACGUCACUGUAUUUAAACCUCAAAUCACUUACAGCACAUAUUAAUUACCACUAUGGGAGUAAUCUCUGAAGCCACAUUAAUAUGUUGAUCCAUGCCAACAGGAUACCAAGUCAUAUGCCACAGCUUGAAAUAUGCCAUAUAGAUUCUAAAAUAUGCUCAAUAUUUACAUGAAUAUUCAGUAAUUUUGAUCAAAUGAGGAACAGCAGGUCUUUAAAUAGAGUAAGCUGCUGUCCAGCUGGCUUUUAGGUACUUGGCAUAAGCUGCAACAGUCAGGACAAUUUUCAGACCAAUUAUAUGUUCCCAUCACACAUCAGUGGCCAAUUUCAUUGACUUGCUUUGUAACACAUAGUUUGCUGGCAGGAGUUUUUGUGAGCUCAUCUUUUGAACUUGCUUUCAUUUAGGGGAAUGGUUUUCUCCCCUGUGUCAGUGUGAGUUAUCCUCUUCUUAUUUUGCUUGAGCUCUUUUGGGCAAAAUUAUAUGCAAUAUUUCUCAUUAUAGAUAUUAACUUCACUUUGAAUCUUACUCCCUACACAUUGCUUUUACCAUGGCUUUUUUUCCUUAAAAUGUAACCAGGGUUAACUACUGUCAGGUGCAGAGCUAUCAGCUCUGAGGGUAUGAAACACUCAGGUGUGAAUGGUUCUUUAAACAAAAAAACCUCUCCUUGGGAUUUUAAAAACAGAAAUACUGAUGGAUGAUUCUCUUCUGUUGCUUGGGUGUGCAUUGUCUGUGGUACAUUUAUUUUUGUAUUAUCUGGUGAUACUUGUAUAUAUUGUAAGGAGAAAUUAAACUUUAUAUGUUAAAAUGUCA